UGUAAGUAAUUAUGGUGUUUUAUAUUAUACUAUUGACAAUUUAGGGAUUAUACAAAUGUAAUAAUAUUGUUAUAUCGUGUCAUAAUACGUUUUUGGAAAAAACGUUGCUAAUUUGUGGGUAAGUGCAAGUUUUAUAUACUGUUCCAUUAUUGGAGCAGUAGGAACAUACGCACAUGUAACGUUUAUACAUUCGGAUUUUUAUUUUAUGAGUAUUGACACCUAAUUAUGAUAUUAUUUUAUUGCAGACUAAACGUGAAUGAGAUAAUUUCGCACUUGGAGGAAGACGACGACGUGUUCGGGGCUGAUAUUUUCAUCACACCUCCUGAUAAUUGGCAAAAUAGCGACGAAGACAGUGGUGACGAAGAGUUUGCAAGUAUAAAUAAUUUGUCAAGAAAUCAGUUACUUGCAGAAGCUGAACUUCGGGUCACCAGAUCGUCUGAGUCUAGGAUAGUGAACGAGUUCGUUGGUUACGAAAAAGAAGUGCACUCAAUACCUUCCACAUCGUCAGCAUCGCAGCCUCCACAACCCUCUUCGUCGACGGUGACCCAGCCACCUCCAAAAAAAAGACGUCUUGAAGUCACAAGAAAGUGGAGGUUUGUUGAUAUUCCAGAAAAGCCUGAGAAGGAGUACUGUGAACCGGAUUUCUUGGAAAACCUGGAGAACCCAGUUCAAUUUUUUGAACUAUUUUUUGAUGAAGAGGUAUUCGAAUUACUGCGGUCAGAAACAGAAAAAAAUGCGAUUCAGAAGGGUAAACAUGCUUUUCGGGUUACUACGACGGAUAUAAAACAUUUUAUCGCCAUUUUAUUAUUAUCGGGAUAUAACAGUGUAUCGAGAUAUAGAAUGUAUUGGGAACAAAGAGUUGAUUGCAGUUUUCCAACAGUGGCUGCUCUUAUGUCGAGAAAUCGUUUUGAAGAUUUGUUGCGUUAUUUCCAUGUUGCCGACAAUAAUAAUCUUGACCCCAAUGAUAAGUUCGCUAAAGUGCGCCCUCUAUGGAAACUGCUCAAUGCAAGAUGGCUAAAGAAUUAUCCUGGAGAUAAAAAUUUGAGCAUUGACGAAUCUAUGAUUCCCUAUUAUGGAAAACAUGGCACUAAGCAGCAUAUCCAUGGAAAGCCAAUUAGAUUUGGAUACAAAUAUUGGUCGAUUUCUACGCGACUUGGCUACUUGAUUUAUGGCGAGCUUUAUCAGGGAGCUAGUACCGGAAAUACGCAUCCUGAGUUAGGUGUUGGUGCCUCAGUUGUUUUGGACCUAAUAUCGAAGCUUCCGCAAGGUAGCUACAGUUUUUAUUUCGAUAAUUUUUUUACUUCAUUACCACUGCUUGAAGAGCUUCAAAAAAUGGGUCACGAUGGAACGGGGACUAUACGAGCUAAUCGAACUGAGAAAGCACCUCUCAAAGAUCCAAAAGAAAUGAAAAAAACAAGUAGAGGAUCUUAUCACCAAUGUACUGAUGUACUAUCUAAUAUCACUCUCGUUAGAUAUAACGACAAUAACAUUGUCACAGUGGCCUCGACUCAAUGUGGUUCAGAACCCAUAAGCAAAGUCAAACGAUACUGUGAUAAGCAGAAGAAGGAUAUUGACCAACCUCGUUGCUUCGUAAAAUACAAUAAAUAUAUGGGGGGCGUAGACCGACUUGACCAAAACGUGGGUUGUUAUCGAAUCGGGAUUCGGCUGAAAAGAUGGUACUGGCAGUUACUUAUGUUUCCACUAAAUGUUGCUGUCAAUAACGCUUUUCAGCUGUACAAGAUAUCUCCAGCUUCAAAGAAAAGUAACGGUACGCCACAUGAUCUUUUAUCGUUUACGAGGGAUAUUGUUUGUACAUAUUUUCUAAUGAAAAAUUUAGUCCCUAGUACUUCAACCAUAUCAAAUCCUAAAUCUUCACUAGCAGUAAUAAAACGUGUGCCUGAUGCUGUUAGAUUAGAUGAGUAUGGGUUUCCACUGAGAGCAUUCGACCUAAAAAUGAUAGUUAAAAAUUAUUUCGCAUCCCAGGGAAGAAGAGUUGAGAAAAUAUUUAGGAACAACAUUCCUGGUAAAGACUGUAAAAUCAUGGAAAACGAAUCACCAGCUACUACCACUAAGAAAAAAAGGGCUCAAUGGACUUCACAACAGAUGGAAAAUGCUGUCAAAAUGGUAGAAAGAGGAAUAUUAUCUACAUAUGCUGCUGCAGUGAGAUACAACAUCCCAAGAAGAACUCUAUGCAACCAUCUGGCGAGUGGGUAG